AUCGACAACGCCAACCACAGCAUGAGCAAUAUAGCGGCCCUCAGUUUCCUUGCACUGACAUUACUGCCAACGUCCCUGGCUGCAUCGACAAGUGCAACAGUCUUCCUUCACCCUCCACCCAUUGGUAUCUCAUAUUCCCCCGCGCUCUCCCCAACACAAGGUCAUGCUGUUCUCUCUUACCACCUGGGGAUCGACCGCUGGGUCGAACUGAGGCAGAGUGGGGAGUGGAUAUAUCAGCUCUUGAGAUACGUAGGGAAUGAUGGCGUGAUUGUUGGCGCUGGAGAGGGUGGGAUUGCUAUCCUGGUAGAGAGCGAUCAUCCUGAAGAGAUAAUGCCCAGUGAAAAACCAGCAUUCACAAUCCCCUUUUCUGUUUCGUACGACACAUACUCCUCCCUUUUCUCAACCUACGACUCUCGUCUCUCUUCGCUCGUUUCGCCUUCGGCCUCCUUCAUCACAACCUAUAACUCCUCUGCCUCUUCUCCCUCUCCCCUUCUAUCAGCGCUCGAUAUGGCAGACUCGCCUGUGGAAGAAGGUUUGAGGAAAAUUACAGCGUACGCGGAUUGGGUGGACGAGGGAGGUGUCACCGGUGCUACGAUUCAGGUAAAGGGGUUGGGUGCGCUGAGGGGGAGCAAGCAAGAAGCAUAUGAUGAAGCCGUGCGGGUAUUCAAAGCUGCGCUCAGUGUGCCAGCGCUGGCAAAUCACAACUACGCCGUGGUCGUACUCCCUACAUCCGCAGCCUCUCUAUCCCCACCUGCUCCGGUCAGCCAAGCAGCUACUCUCAACUCCUCUUCCUGCUACGCUACCACCCAGGAAUGCGAUGCAGGUACCUCAGCAUGCUCGCAGCAUGGUCACUGCGUGAGCACGACCCGUGCUGGCAAGACAUGCUACGUCUGCAAGUGCAGCAAGGCGCUCGCCCUAGCAGGCCAACAUACGAACUGGGCGGGCGCGGCAUGCGAGAAGAUCGACAUCAGCGGAAGCUUUGCACUCCUUGUUGGGAGCACAAUAUUCUUGAUUGCUAUCGCUGUGGGGAGCGUGAUGCUGCUUUAUGGGGUUGGGGAAGAGAUACUGCCGAGCACGCUGUUUGGUGCGACUCCGGGGGCCAAGAGGGACUAGGUGAUAGG